AUGGCAUCAGGACUCUUCAUCACGGUUGAGACGGACCUGCAGAGCACAGAUUGCCACAUUCCAGUGCCACCGUUCACGCAUUCUCAUACAGCAAUACGGCAGCGGCGGUUCCAGGCAAUUCCAGACGCCCUCGCUUUCAAUCCCUUUGAAGGUUUCCGCGGCGCAGGUACCGCCGGGCAGCAUGAUGCAAACGACUCCAACGAUAGCAUCCGCCAAGAGCCGUAUCCGUAUUGA